ACAUGAUAUUAGAUAAAUCAAAUUGCAAUAUCGCCGGUACUGUGCACGAAUUCAUGGUGAGGGAUUGUAUCACAUCCAUAGUCUGAAUAGAUUUAUGAAUGUUUGAUUAUGUUGACAAAACAUAUACACAAUAGCGAAAAGGGAAAUUAACAUGUUUUGAUUUAUCUAGCCAAAUAACAUAUUUGAUUUAUUUAGCCAAAUAACUUAUCAGAAUACAUUUUGUCUACAAAGUGGUCUAUUGAAUUUGAUGUUUUUUUUAAAAAAAGCACACAAGAAAAGGAAAAUGAAGAAGAGUGUGGAAAAGUAACGAAAGAGAGUGGUCGACAUGGAAAUCGGAAUGCUACCAAUCUCGGCAUCAAAGAGAGGAAAGCUCUUAGCAGCUGGUUACACAACACUCCACUCCAUUCUUCGCACUUCCACCACUCAUCUUGUUCGAGAUAUAGAAGUUUCUGAGAGUGAAGCUUUGGAGAUUCUGAAUUUUGCAACCAGAAGUAAUGAUUUGGACAAAUCAAGUGGGAGUAACACUAAUGUUAUUGAUGGUGGUCAGACUGCUUGGGAUAUGCUCAAUGAGGAAAGAUUUUCUUCUCUCAUUACCACUUCUUGUCUUGAUCUAGAUAACAUCCUUGGUGGAGGGAUUAAUUGCAAAGAAGUGACUGAAAUUGGUGGAGUCCCGGGCAUCGGUAAAACACAAAUAGGGAUUCAACUUGCAGUAAAUGUUCAGAUUCCCUUAGACUAUGGUGGCCUAGGUGGGAAGGCAAUAUACAUCGAUACUGAAGGAAGCUUUAUGGUUGAACGUGUUCUUCAAAUUGCUGAAGCAUGCAUAGAAGACAUGUCAGAAUAUAGCCACCACUUUCACAAGGAUAAUCAAGCUUUUGGAGUUAAAAUGCACCCGAAUAGUAUCUUGGAAAAUAUAUUCUAUUUUCGUGUUUGCAGCUAUACUGAACAAAUUGCGUUGGUAAAUUACUUGGACAAAUUCGUAACGGAGCAUAAAGAUGUGAAGAUCAUCAUUAUUGAUAGUGUUACUUUCCACUUCCGCCAAGACUUUGAUGAUAUGGCUCUCCGGACUCGAUUACUUGGUGAAAUGUCAUUGAAGUUGAUGAAGCUUGCAAAGAACUUAUCUUUGGCUGUUGUUAUGUUGAAUCAAGUUACAACUAAGCAUAUUGAAGGUUCAUUUCAAUUGACCCUUGCCCUAGGUGAUAGCUGGUCGCAUUCGUGCACGAACCGGAUCAUCUUAUAUUGGAAUGGCGAUGAAAGACAUGCAUACAUUGACAAGUCUCCUUCUCUUAAAUCAGCUUCAGCACCAUACUCUGUGACUUCUAGGGGGAUACGUAAUUCUACUUCAAGCAGUAAAAGAAUCAAGAUGGUGUGAGAUUUUGAGUAGGAAGAUGAUAGACUAUGUGUCCUUUUCUUUUAUGGCCUUCAAAGGAUACUGGCUUUUGUGUAGCCUCAGUAUAGUGAACUUUUGUGUAGCUAUCUGACCAUUUUUCCCAUUUAUAACUGAUCGAUUGAUCAAUAUAUGCAACACUUUUAACAUUUGCAAUCAAA